UAGGAGAACCAGCAGAGGCAGAGAACUAAUGGGUAGGCUGCUUAUUCUUAUUUUUCCUAAGCUUGCAGACGCACUGUUGCUCGCCCGUUUCGCUGUUUCGGCUCCGGUACGCAUUCGCCGGGAUGCCCGGGAACCAUGGGAAUACCACUACCCAACUGCAUUUGGGAACCAAUAUGUUGAACAUGGUCCGCAACAUGUCCGCCUGAGGGGAGCCUGUUCUGGGCGGUGAGAGACAAAUGGUGAAAAAUUAAAAGUAAAGCGACUCUCCCCUGAACGCACAGCCGAUUCCUCACCCCAACCCCCCACCCCUCCUCCUUCUCCCCUCCCGAGUCGGAUGGCUCCGAAUGACGAGCUGCAGUAAUGGAAGUCCACCCGCCGUUCAGCACCGUGGCCAUGAAGCAGCUCAAAGGGUAGGGUCUGCCGUGAGCUCGCCUCACCCUACCCACCCUGCACCCCCAUCCCCCAUCAGCUCCACCUGAGAGCACACUCCCACUCUAAAGUGAAUAUUCAUCAUCCUGAACCCUCCCUCCUAUCGCCACCUCGGCCACGGCUUUGGAAGACAAACAUGAUGUGCAUUGCGAAGACGCUGGUUGAUGUCUGAUAUAUAUACCUCUGAGGUGUCGAGCGUAAAACCAGCGGAGCAAUGAAUGGCGGAAAGGACUGUGAGGCAGGAGAUGAGAGGCAGGCCGUCCCUGUCCAGGUCCCCAUUGGCUGGCAGCGCAAGACAGAGCACGGCGGAGGGGUCGUGUACAUAAGUCCCAGUGGCUCGGUGCUAGCCAGCUUGGAGCAGGUGAGGACCUACCUGCUGACAGAUGGAACCUGCAAAUGCGGCCUGGAGUGCCCACUCAUCCUCCAAAAGGUGUUCAACUUCGACCCCGGGGCAGCUGUCAAACAGAGGACAGCGGAGGAUGUGAAAGCAGACGAAGAUGUCACCAAACUCUGCAUUCACAAGAGGAAGCUGCUGGCUGUGGCCACACUGCACAAGAGCAUGGAGACGCACCCGCCUCUGGCACUGACCAGUUCAGGAGGAGGUACAUCGUCCGUGGUUGCUGUGCAUUCCACAACUCAACGAGCAAUAAGGACUAAACCCCACGAUGGCGUGCCCAACUCUGUUGGCCCUGACUGUAAGAACCCUUUCAAGGUGAUGAUGGUAGGCGGACAGCAGCAGCAGAGGCUGUAUCCACCCCAGGAGUUGGGUGGAGUCCAGCAGCCAGAGCAUUACCCUGGAUACCCCAGGCUGCAGAGGCUGGGCAGCGGGGAGCCAGGCCCUAAAUCCCCUUACCGGUCCGGGUAUGGAGGCAUGUUGAGCCCACCUCCAUCUGGUGCUAAGCUUUAUGGAGAUGGCUCGCAGUCUCCCAGUACAGAAACUCUGGGCAGCCCUGAGGGCUUUACAAGGACCAAUCCUUGUGGGUUUCCAGGAGGCGGUAGCCCUGGCUCAGCCUCUAUCCACGGAAACACUAGGACACCUCUUUCCCCGCCUAGUGUGAUGCUUCACGGCUCCCCAGCGGGCCAGCCAUCGUGUGCCAUGACAGGAAGGACUAGCACGCCCCUCUCCCCAACGGCCACUGCCAAAAGCCCUGUCAUUAACAUGAACAUGCCGCGGGGGAACUUCCCCCCUGGUAUGGAUAUGCCCCGUGCAACAUUUCACCAUAAAACACAGCCCCCUGUGCACCCUGUACCGCCCCCUCCAUCCAUACCGCCAUCCUGUGCCCUCCAGAAAAGGCAGUUAACGUCUGAAAAGGACCCCUUAGGCAUCCUGGACCCCAUCCCUAACAAGCCAGUCAGCCAGACUCCCACCAAUGCCCCAACGCCCUCCAACUUCCAGCCUAAUAUCCACUCUCAGGUACCAGUGAUGAAUGUAAACAUACCCCCUCCUGCCAUUGUUCCCUUGCCAAGCAACUUACCGUUACCCACAGUGAAGCCUGGGCCUGUGGGUCAUGGUGGCCAUGUUCAAAGGACUCAGCAGGGUGGUCCGGCUUCCUCCAUGUCUCCCUCCCCCGUUACCUCACCUGUCCACAUGGCUGGGCCUGCGCUUGGGAGAAUAGAGGCCUCCCCUCAUCGCUCGCGUUCAUCCUCCACCUCCUCUGACCACGGUAACUUUGCGAUGCCCUCGGGACAUCAGGCCCCGUGUGGCACCAUAAAGGUUCCUCCUCGUUCCCCUCGAUCAGCUAUGGGGUCUCCCAGGCCCGCCAUGCCCUCCAGCCCCUCCACCAACAAAACCGAUGCACUCCAUCAGUACAAAGACUCCCAGCUGCUGCCCAGUAUGGCAAAUUCAAUUGGCGCGCAGCAGCAUGGCAACCCCAUGUACUCUCCAACCUCUUCCUCCUCCUCGUCAUCUUCUCUGGCCACGCCCAGUGCUUCCCAGAAGGGUCACCCGGGACUCCUGGGGAUGCCCCUCAACCAGAUCCUCAACCAACAGAAUGCCGCUUCCUUCCCCGCCAGCAGCCUCCUGUCAGCCGCAGCCAAAGCACAGCUAGCAAAUCAAAACAAACUCAGCGCUGCUGGCAACAGCACUACUGGCAUGGCUGCUGGUGGUGUUGGUAUGUCAGGCAUGGGGGCAGGUGGCGGAGGUAAUGGAGGGGGUGGAGGGCAUCCUGGCCCCGUUAGCGGCCCUCGAGGCAUGGAAGGACACAGCACUUUAAAUCCCAUGCUCCCGCCAAACUCCACCAUGCUGCUCAACACUCCUGAGGGCCAGAGCGGCCGGGCAGCUCUCAGAGACAAGCUCAUGGCCCAGCAGAGGGAUCCCAUGCGCAAACGAAAGCAAUCAUCCGGGAGCGGUGCCGUAAACCAUGACAACAACAUGGUGUAUAGCAUGCUCAGCAAGCCAGGCUUGGGAGGACACCACAUGCCGGGCCCCAGUGCCACUGAGCAGCUACGAAAAGUGGGCCGACUCGGAAACCUUCACCCGAACACCUCCAUGGCCCAGCUUCUUCAGUCCAUGAGCAGCCACAGUUCUCACAACCUGGCAGGCAGUGGUCAUCGUCCAGGUCUAAAUCCCGGACCGGCAUCCGGCGCUUCAGGAGUCGCACCGCUACACUACAACGACAGUACGGGCAUGGUCCCCGGUGGCACUCAGCAGAACCUCCUUGUCCAGCAGAGGCUGCGGGGUCCAGGGGAAACCCUGCAGCACUGCCAGAACAUCGACACUUCUGGGGGCCACCUGGGCCCACGUCCAGGCCAGUUCCCGGACAUGAUGGCUCAGAUGCAGGCAUCCUCCAUGAGUAACUGUGGGCCUAUGGGGCCAGGCGGCACACUGGUGGGACCUGACGGCAUAGCGCUGGGGCGCCCAAACACUAACCCCCCACCACUAUCGCAUCCUGGCCCCCACCCCUCACAGCUUCAUAGCAUGGGACGGACUAACAUGGUGAUUCCACACGGAGGUGGUGAUGGAAGCUGUACCCAGAGCGUCUCCGAGACAGGAAAUCCCUCGUCACUUGGAUGUGGAAUGGGCGCUCUACAGCCACAUGUCAACGCCGGUGGAGGUCAGAUGUACCCGCAGCAGGUCCAUCAGGGCAUGCAGCAAGCAGUGGUAUCUCAUCCUGCCUACCAGGGGCAACAGCACUUCUCCGACAACCCGCCCUACGCUGACAGCAACAACGCCAACUCCGGCUCCAUGGCGUGCCUCUACCAGAACUACCAGCAGGGGAUGCUGCCACACCCACAAUUUGGGGAGGAGCAGCAGCCCCAAGGUGAGGGACUUCCAGCGGGUACGCCUAGCUCUGACAGAGCCCCCGGCGGAGGGCCAGAAUCGGUGGACGCCAUCUACAGAGCUGUUGUGGACGCAGCCAGCAAAGGCGUGCAUGUAACCAUCACCACAACAGUGAGCGGGACAACGCAGGCGAGUCCGGUGCCCGCCCUCAGUGCCAUGAGUGCCUUCACUGCCUCCAUAAGGGAACCCGUCAACCUCCCCCAGGCAGUCAGCGCAGUCCUGCAUGGGCACCAGGAAGGGGAGACCAUACCCCAGCAAGCCAGAGUGCGGCAGGUGAGGCCUGGGCGGGGUCAGAAGAACAUGGAUCCAGGGAAGAGCACUCCAGAUGGCCCUGAAGCCAAUGAUUACUUCCGUUCUCCUGGACGCGGGACUCCCAGGGGGCAGUGGGACGGGGAGACUCAUCAUGGGGGAGGCUUCGACAGUCAGAACAACAACAACGCCUGGGGUGGUGAGGAGUUCCUGGAGUGCUCGACCCAAGUAAGGAGUAGUCCCUGCAUGGAGAGACCUGCCAGUCUGGCCCCUGCGCCACCCUGCCCCACCGAUGGGUCCAACGACCACGGCCUGGUGAUGGCCCAUGAUAAGGCCUACCUCGAUGAUGGCUUCCGGUUCAACAACUGCGGUCGGGCGCCAGCUAACUACAAGGAACGUCUGGAGCAGACGGUGGAACGUUGCGCCCAUCUCAACGGCGCCACGCCCCACUUCAACACCCGGGGCUACGGAGAAGUCCUGGGCCCUCCGCGGCAGGAUGAUGACCAGUCACCCAGCUCCUCCACGAGCCUGGAGGGCCCUCUGGCUACAGCCAAAGACUACAGCCACUACAACGGCCACUUCAAUGGAAUGGCGCCCAGCCCUUCGGACACGAAGAGCCUGAGCAGUGAGGAGGACCUCCGGCAGCCAGACUCGCCCUCGUCGGAGCUGCUCCACUACAGGUCCAGGACCUUCAACAUGGGAGAGCUGGUCUGGGGCCAGCUGAAGGGCUUCCCGCCGUGGCCUGCAAAGCUGGCCGGGGAUGAGCAAGUGCACAGCGCUGCCAUGCAGCUGCGGGAGCAGGCCAAGGUAGAGCCAGAGAAGCUGAAAACACUAACUCAUGACUUGGAGGCAUUCGACCGCGCCGCCAAAAGAGGCCUGAAACCGGGGAAACUGAAUAAUCACUUGGAAGCUGCUAUCCACGAGGCCAUGAGCGAGCUAGACAAGAUGUCGGGCACAAUCCCGUCGAGGGAUCGUCAGGUGAAGCUCCCCAAGCCGAAGAGGAGGAAGAUAUCCAGAUAACAUUGAAUGUGUUGGCCCAAGAACGUCCUCAGAGCCUUUCGGAGACUUUGUCCGUUCAGCCUUGAUGCGAUCUGAGCUCUCUAACAGGUGCUACACGUGGACUUUCAGUGGUACAUCGUUGUUCCAUGAUAUCAACUUGACUUAAUGACUGACCACAGAAGGUGCUGGAAAUUCCAAUCACCACUACAGUUUAUAGACUGUAGGAAAAAACAUGAAUACAGAAAAACAUUAAAAACGGUUGCAAUUUGUCUACAGCUCACUGAAUUAACUAUUUUUUUCUAGUAUAAGAUAGUAAAAUAAACAAAAAAAGCUACAAGCAUUACCUUACAUAUUUAAGAAAAAUAGACAGUCCAAAUAUUUCUGAUACAUUUUCAAUAUGUAUAUAGAUAAUCCUGAAAUUUCAUGCUAUUAAGAAUUGUAUGUAAAUAUUGUACAAUGUCAUGUACAACCGUACCUAAUGCACAUUUUAUCUUUUAUUGUACAAAACAAAGCAGAAGUGUACCAAUGUCUUGGUUUCUAUUCAGAAAUGCGGUCGCAUAUGGCCGCAUGCAUAGGAUAAAUAAGAAUACAGCCUAAAGCUUUUAUAUGAUGAACUGUAAGAUGUGCUGUUUUCUUUUUUCUUUCUUUUUCUUUUCUUUGUUGUUUUAUUUUUUUGUAAGGGAACAGCGAUGAAACUGACAUGAGCUCACCAUAACAGUAGUCACUCCAGCUAAGUGUUCAUUUGUAAUGGGGAGAAAAAACAGUUCAAAAAACACAGAAUGAACUUUACCAGCAGAAAGUGUUCAGUGUCCCACCCCACCCACACCCUGUAUCCCUACCCUCCCACACACCCACACCCUGUAUCCCUACCCUCCCACACACCCACACCCUGUAUCCCUGUCCACCCACAGCCUGUAUCCCUCCCACCGAGACCCCAGCUGGCUCCACCAGUCGUGUUACUUGGUCUGGUUCUGGGUUUUUCAGGUGUUGUAACUUAUGAACAAAAACUUUUUUUGAGUGUUUUCAGAAGGAAAAAUCCACUCACAGACACUUGAUUUUCCAAAACCUCCACAAUGAUUGUUUUUAGAAGAGGUUCAUUCAUUUGAAGUAAAAAUGAUGGGGAAAAAAGUCCUAAACAUGUGUUGUCCAUCUUCUGAAACGCCAAGACUUUUUUUAAUGUUGUUGUAAAUUAAAUGCUAUUAAUUAAUGUUGGACUUCAGAAGUUGAGCUCUUUCUGCCAGCGUGCUUACAUACACUGUAGUCAACUCUGUUGACUUUACAUCUGCUGGCUGUGCAGAGUUUUUAACUGGAACAAGUGUACAUUGCAAAACAAGUUUGAGCCCAUUUUAGGCUACAGAAAUUGGUGGAUAUUGGUGGUCUUGGUGCAUCUCUGAAAAACAUCCCCAAUUUAAUGAUUUCAGUGGUUUGGGGCUGAGGUUUUUGUGGUUUCUGAGCUGCGGCACAGAAUAACGGAAUGAGGAACCAGUUUUGAGGCUGCGUAGCGUCAGGUAGCAAGUGAGUUGGGGAUAUUUCAGUGGCAGGAGAUUAAUUUUGAACAGAAUUUCAAGGCUGAAAUGUCUGAAUUUCUUAGGUAGCCCAUCCCAAAUUUAAUAGCAUGAGCAGUUCCAACAUUGGUGUUGGGCAUUUUUGGUUGCCUUUGGACCGUUGGUCUUUGGUUAGCAUUUAUAGAUUUGGCACCAGAUAAUAUGACCCUGAGCUAUCUUGUCCUGUCUUAAAUGCCUUUAGCUUACCUUUAAACAGCUUUGAGAAGCCCACAUAGGGUUGCAUUACACAGUGACACAGUAGCUUGGGGUAAUAUCAGUGAACACAAUUUCCAAUAGUAGCCCAGCCCAUAAUCUCUGAUGUCAGUGAUUCCAGCUUUGUGACUGGCAAUUUUGCAGUGCUGUUGGAAGUGGCAGUCUUUAUUUUGUAAAAAUCUAUGGAAUAGGUGUCAGAUUUGGCGGCAGCUUGAUGGAUGUAGCGCAGCCAGUUCUGCCUUGUUGUGUCUUGAGGACCAGCCCACAUUUUGACAGUUUUAAAACAAAUGUAAUACAGUAUUAGGUUGCAGAAGUUUAAGCAACUUCUUACAGUAGCUUCUCCCAACUUUGAGACUGGCAUUUUGUUUUAGUGUUUGUUUUCUGUUGGGGGGUGCGCAUGCUAAUGCCUUGCUAAUGCCAAUGUUUUUGGGAUCUAUACAAGUUGUUUUUUGAGGGGCAUGCAUCUGUAAUACACUGUAAAACAAGAGGUAGUAGAUACUGGGGGUUGUAUUUAGGGUUGGGGAAAGUUCUCUGGAACUACAAUCAUAAUGGAAAGAAUCUGUGUGCUGUCUGUUUGAAAUCACUGUGCAUUUCAUGUAGUCCCAGACAUCUGCCGCUCCAGGUUUGGGACCAGUAUUUUGUGUUGGAAAUGCAUAGAGCUGGUUCUAGAUUGGGCACUAGCACCUACUAAUAGGGAAAUAUGUAUCAGUGGUCUAAUUAAGACUUUUUCUUCUAUGUCCUCUUUUAUGGUCAACCCUUUUUGGUUGACAUUAUUUUAAAUCUGCAGAUGGCAUAGCUGGAUGCUCUGUUGGCUAGGGUUAACUUCAUGUCAUUCGAGUGCUUACAUGUAAAAUGGCUUUUUUCAGGAGAAAUAUUUUGCUCCCUGAUUACUGAAACCAUAAAACUCCAUCGCUACAUGCAUAUAAACAC